AUGCCCAAUCGCCAAAAACGAUCAAGACCAAUCACAAGAUCUGGAUGUCAGGCAGCUCUCAGAGUGGUUCACAUGAAAGAUAACGACUUAUGGUUGGCAAAAGAAUUCAGCCACGAACAUAAUCAUGAAAUGGUAUCGAUCCCUGAGUUGCAAUUUCUCAAGAAUAAUCGUGUGGUGUCCGACGGUUUGCUUGCACAAGUUCGUUCGAUGAACUCAGUCGAGAUAAAAAAUUCUCAGAUUAUGUCCCAUAUUGCUAUGCAGUCGGGAGGUUAUGAAAGAAUUCCAUGUCAAGUCAGAGAUGUGUACAAUAGAGUAGCAGGAGCAAUUAGGGAAGAAAAACUAGAAACUGAUGCGGAAGGUGCAUUAGGAUUCUUGGAUUGUCUUUCUGCGCGAGAUCCAAAUUUUUUUGUGUACCACCAAGCUGACACAGAAAACAGACUCGCCAACGUAUUCUGGGCCGACGGGACUGCAAGAAUUGACUACCGGGCAUUCGGGGAUGUGAUACCAUUUGACACAACGUACAUGACCAACACGUACAACAAGCCAUUGUGCAUUUUGAUGGGUGUCAACCACCAUUUCUCAACUUGUGUUUUUGGGUUUGCGUUGCUCGUAAAUGAAAAAAUGGAGACUGACUCAUGGAUGCUAAGAGCAUUCUUAGAAUGUCACCAUAAAAAAAAACCUUCAGUCGUGGUCACUGACGGGGAUAAUGCAAUGCGUGAGGCAAUAAAAUAA